ACCCUGCGCCACACAGUUCACCAGUUUGGGUAGUACUGAAAAACAAGACAAAAUGGCUCAGACAACUCCCAUGCCCAUGGGCCCCUGGAAGAUCACCGUGUACGAUCAGGAGUACUUCCAGGGCAGGCGUAUGGAGUUCACCGCCUGCUGCCAGAACAUCAUGGAGUGUGGGAUGGAGAACAUCCGCUCCCUGAAGGUCGAGUGUGGCGCCUGGGUGGGCUACGAGCACUCCAGCUUCUGCGGCCAGCAGUUUGUCCUGGAGAAGGGAGACUACCCUCGCUUCGAGGCCUACAGUGGCAGCAACUCCUACCGCAUUGAGAGGAUGAUCUCCUUCAGGCCCAUCUGCUGUGCUAACCAUAAGGAGUCCCGCAUGACCAUCUUCGAGAUGGAGAACAUGACCGGUCGUCAGUUCGAGCUGUGUGAUGACUACCCCUCUCUGCAGGCCAUGGGCUGGAUGAACAACGAGGUUGGAUCCAUGCACAUUCAGAGUGGAGCCUUUGUGUGCUACCAGUACCCUGGCUACCGUGGCCACCAGUACAUCAUGGAGUGUGACUGUCGCGGAGGAGAGUACAAGUGUUACCGUGAGUUUGGCUCUCACUCCCAGACUCCCCAGAUUCAGUCCAUCAGGAGGAUCCAGCACUGAGAAGGGAGCACUUCCAUCACACCUCCUUAUCUCCUCCUCUUCUUCCUCUCCCUCCUCCUGCACUUCCAUCCCUCCUUCUCUUCUUCCUCUCCCCCACCCUUCAUCUCCCCGGCUCCGUUGGUCCGGCUAAUCAAAGCAGGAUCCCGGGCUGGACUUCAGGUGCUUACUGGUGUCAGUUGUUCACAGCACUUUUGCAUUUUUUAAAGAAAUAUCACAAAAGAAAGGAAAGAUGUAAGAAAGACAGAGAAUAGGAAUGACAGAAUUGAGAGAAAAAAGCUGAAUCAGUGUGACAGAGAGGCCUGAGCUGCCGAGGUUGGCUGCAGAACGGUGAAAACACCUCAGAGUUUUUGCUCUUCUUCAUCUCCACCAUUGAUGGCAUCAUCAUCCUCAUCAUCGUCAUUGUCUUCUACAUCAACACGAUCACCAGUCUUGCUGUUACUGUGAUUUCCAUGACUGCCUAUGUUCAAGACGAUGAAUAAAGAGAAUGAGCAAAGAAA